AUGGAAAAGGUGGGGAACGCGUGGGGCCGUUGUGACUCAGGAAGGCUCUGCCAGGCUCGGCCGGACCCCAGCCUGCUGCAAGGGCGUGUGCUGCUCACGCUACUGGAGACGGAGCUGAGGUAUCUGCCGUGCCGGAGGACCAUGGCGAAAGUGCAGAAGGAGAUUCGGCCUCACAUGCGGAGCAGGCUGGCUGUGUGGAUGCUGGAGGUUUGCGAGCAGGAGACCUGUGAGAAGGAGGUGUUCCCUCUGUCCAUGAACUACUUGGACCGCUUCCUGACUGCGAUGUCACUGGAAAAGUCCAGGUUCCAGCUGCUAGGGGCCGCCUGCUUGCUCCUGGCGUCGAAGGUCCGUCAGACCAACCCGCUGCCUGUGGAAACCUUGUGCGCCUACACGGCGCACUCGUCCCGGCCGGAGGAUCUGAGGGCGAUGGAAUUGCUGCUCCUGGACACGCUGCACUGGCGCCUCGGCGCGCCCACGCCGCAGGAGUUCGUGGAGCAGUUACUCGGAGCGCAGGCGGCCGGGGAGCGGCUGAUCCGCAAGCACACCGACACCUUCAUCGCCCUCUGCAACACAGAUGCUGAGUUCGUGUCGUUGCCGCCGUCGGUGAUCGGUGCCGCCAGUCUCGCCGCCGCCGUCUGCGGCCUUCGCCUGUGUCUGCCGGGGAUUCCUCCGGGAACCCGGGUGCUCACCGACCACCUCGCCCGCUGCAUCCGCUGCGAUCCGGAGUGCGUGAGGACGUGUCAGGAGCAGCUCGAGGUCUCCCUACACACCCGCCUGAGACAAGCAGCCCCACAAACUCUCCCCCCGCCAAAGCCGGAAGAACUGGAACGUUCCAGGACACCCACAGACAUCCAGGACGUGAACUUGUGAGGAUGGAACACACUAUUGCCCAGCACUCGAGUCCUGCACUGUUUGUCUAUGGAAUUGCCCCCCCCCCGUACCCUGCUAUCCAGUCCCGGUCUCUCCACCUUGUGACAACAUGGUCCCAGUUCCUAAUUCCACAGAUCCUCCCAAAUGCCCUUGCUCUUCCUCCAAAAAUUCUCAAAUCAUUUUGAUGAGAUGCCCUUCAUCAUCAUGUCUGGGGAUAUGGGGAAAUAGCCUUGUACCAUUGGAUCAGUUGUCAUAAUAGAAUGGGCUCGAUGAGCUGUGUAGCUGUUUCUAUCUUGCGUUUAAUCUCUAGUCUUUUAAAUCGGUAAACAUUCCACGUUUCUCCUGUAAGGCCUGUCCUGCCUCUGUUCCCACCGGGAUCCACCUCUUCCCCCCCACCCUCCACCUCUGGGACUUGAUCUGCCUGAGGUGUAGAACCCAGUGUGUACAGGGCCUGGCUGUUGAUCCCAGGAUGGGGAUGAACUGGAGGGAGAGGGGACUACAACCUCAGGGCAGCAGGCCGGUUUUCAUCCUGGUGUUGGACCCUCUGGAAGGGGAAGCGAAAACCACAGGAUCCCGAGUCUCCAACAUGGAGGUCAUUUAAUAGGAAAGCUCCCUGGAGGAGACAUUCCUUCGCAAACCUCCCACUCACCCCUUCACUCACCUACUCCACACUUCCCAUUGGCCAGGUCAUGGGCCAAUCCCAGUGGCCACAUUACUCCUCUGAUCCUGGGACUGGCUGAAGUGGGUUGGCCUUGGAGAAGGAAGCCAAGGCGACGAUUCAUGCCUUUAGCCAUCAAUCAUCCAAAAUGCUCACCAUUCAUUGGCUCUCUUAAUUGUAUCAUUAUUUAACUAUUUAUUUUAACUUUAUUUUAAUUAAAAUAAAGUCUGUAUUUAAGUUAAUGUUUAAAGUAAUGUUAAGGUUAAAAUAAAGUUCAUACUGAC